AAAAAAUUGAAGUCAGAUGAUCGCGAGCACGAACGGCGUAGCCAAUUGUCACGGGAGGAUCUACAACUUCAACACGCAGAACAUGCGGUAGUUGAGAAGAAAAAGAAGAAGAGAAAGAAACGGUCCGCGACGCCCUCCAGUGGCUCAGAUAAAAAUCUUGGAGACCGUCGUGACAGGGACAAGGGAAUAAAUCGCGGCAUCAAGGCCUGUUACGAUAAG